UGUGUCUGGGGUGGACUUUGGCCUCUGUGAGCCUAUGUUUCCUUCUUAGCUUUGAUAUUGUCAGAAUUUAAACCUUAUCGCAAUUGGAUUGAUAUUUUGAACCUAGUCUGGAACAGGGUGAAAUCCGGCUCCAACAAAAAUAAAUAAGAGAAAUACAAAUAAGUGAAAAAAAAAUGGGAAAAAAAUAGAAUAAGCUGUGCAACUGAAUGUAUUUUUUUGGAAUAAAAUUUUUUUGAAUGUGUAAUUAUUUCUCAUUCCACAAAAUGUUUACCGGUUGCAAUGAAAAAAAGGAAUGAAUAUUUCAUCUCAUUCCAUAUUAUUCUUUUCCAUUCAAAAAAAAUAUCAACAUUCUUUUGAAAAAUCAUUCCAUGUAAAAGUAGCUCCGGAGCAAAUGGAAUACUACUUCCGUUCCAUUGAAUUUUACUAAUUAUCAUUUUUUAAUUUCACUUAUUCCUUUAUUAACAUCCAGUUACAACCUAAAUAUGUUUAUUCUUGUGAAGGAGAGAAUACAUAUGUAUCUAUGUUUUACUUUAUCUAAAUAGUAAUCAGACGAAAUGAAUAAUUUUGUUUAUCACCGGGAAUAAAACACUUUCCACCUUAAAAUUUUACUCUAGAAAUGACAUUCAGUCAUAACCAAAGUUCUCCCAGAAUAAUAUCUCCUGGCAAAAGACGUCCAAAAUAAUAUUAUAUCAUAUCAAAUGUUUUAAUUCAACAGAAAAUGUCAUUAUAAUGGUCAAAAAUAUUAAUUUAAGACACAAAUUACAUAUCAGCAUUAUCGACAGCAUUGUCAAUUUUUUAUUUUCUUCGACCCUUUUAAAAACCCUCUCUACAAAAACCUCUCUCUAGACAAAUCACACUUGCAUCAAAUACAAACCCUCUGCAAAUAACAAAAAAAAACACACACACACACAAACAAAAAAUCAAAAAUGGGUCUGAUUAGCAAAGAAGAGAUCAGCAAAACAAGAAGAUACUCAUCUUCUCUAUGGAGAUGCAUCAAGACCAUCUUCGUUCUCUUCACUAUGUUCCUCUCUUUCAUCCUCUUCUCUGCUCCUAUCUUCCUCUCUGUCGCAGACGCCGUCCUACCCUCCAUCAUCCUCUCAUCCUUCUCUUCUCUCCUUCGUCUUUCUCCGGCGACUGUUUCUUCUCAUAUAAGCAACUACGAUUUCAGAUACUCCCUCAUCGAUAUUCCUCUCAUCUCCAUCAUUAGAUCUUCCAUUAUUCUCUGUGUUUACGGGCUCUGUGAUGGACCAAAGCUAUCAAGGGGACCAUAUCUGACCAUAACGAUGAUAUGCUCGAUAUGUUCAUUAAUCUACGUGUCUUUUAAGGCAGCUGUUGUGUUCGGCGAGCCAGUGGUCGGAGACGGGGGAGGAAAGUUUAGAACAGAGGAAGUGGCUCUGUUUGUGUGUUCGUGGGUCUUAGCCAUCGGUCAUAUCGUUGUGGCGUACAGAACGAGUUGUAGAGAGAGAAGAAAGCUCUUAGUCUUCAAGAUCGACAUCGAAUCCAAAGGUCCAAAGGAUAAUCUGUAAAGGAGGCAAGAACAGAUAACGAAUGGGCUUUAAUAUAACACUAUUGCUUUUCCAUGUGACACUAUCUAAGACAGCUCCAAUGAAUUGGCAGUUGUUUACUAUAUUAUAGAUUUAAAAUUAGGUAGACACACACACACACAAAAAGAAUCGUUGUAGGAGGUUUUUUCCCUUACUUUAAUGAAUGAUCCACCGUUACACUCUUGUCUUUUUGUUUUGUUUGUACAAACCUUAUUUUCAUCAAUGAAAUAAGAAGCCGAAGGCAUCUUUCUCCCA